AGAAGAAGAAGAAGAAGAAGAAGAAGAAGAAGAAGAAGAAGAAGAAGAAGAAGAAGAAGAAGAAGCCUGUCUGGCCCUUCUUCUCCGAGGGGAACCCUUAACUUUGGGCCCCCCUGGUAUCCACCACUGCCAAAUCCUCCACCAGUGACCUCCCACCCCUCAAACCCACUUGGGGUUGGGCCUGUGGACGAGCCGUAGAAAAACAAGAGGCAAAGGAAGGAGCGCAUGCAGGAACAAUGACGUCAGUGAAGAAAGUAGACAAGACAAAGAAGAAAAUAAAGCAAGCAGCCAGGACAAAAACUGAAGAAAUAGGAAAAAGGAGAAAAAGUGUCUGAUAAUACGCUUCCCCAGUGGUGGUGGCAUGUUGGAAAUGGAGAGACCGUGGGAUGUUGACGAAAUUAAAUAAAUAGUGGGUGAUGUUACUGACCCAGCAAAAGAUGCUGUAAAGUUCGAAGAAUAGCUAAGAGCAAAUAUCUCCAUGUACAACCCCACUACCAGAGAAACUGAAGAAAUACUCUGCUGCUGCUUGAAAUGGAAAUGGAAGGACUAUAAACACAUGUGGAACCGUGAUGUACUAGCGGCUGGAUGCAGUGUUUACCGCUAUUAAGGCUGCUUUCCCUAAACACACAGACUGGCAGAAAAUCCAUUCCACUAAACAGGGAACUGGUGAAACAUUGAGUGACUACAUGGAAAGAAUGGAGCCAGUCUUCCUCCAACAUUCAGGCCUGACGCCUGACCAAGACUCCUACAACAGCCUAUUGUGCCAUGCUGUGGUAACCGGCCUGAGACAAGAUUUUAAGACGGCUGUAACGGCAACUUGUAUCGCAUGGGAAACUAAACCACUGUCUGAAGUAAAGCCAUAUAUAACCCAUGAGGAAAGACAGUUGAAUGAAAAUGAAACUAAGGACGGAAAGACACUGAAGAAGGCACAGCUGAUAUACUACUCUGGAGGAGGAAGAGGAUGUUGAAGAAAUGGUGGUAACCGUGGAAACCGAAGAGGCAGAGGUACCUGCUGGAGCUGACGGAGGGAGAGACUGGAGCUGCUCCAACUGUGGGAAGUUAGGGCAUUUCUCAAGAAACUGUCCUGAAGGAGGAGAACAACAAAACGAUUGGCCUUCCCCAGCUGUUGGCGUACAGGUGGACAAUCCAUUUGGAAGACGAGGGGGCUACCAAACAUAGGAUGAGGUUUAAACAGAAUAAGAAACUAAUGAAGAAAACAUUGAUGAAGAACCAAAAGAAACCUGUCAAAUGUUAAAAUGGACCACCUUGUCAACCCAAAACCCCCUUAUUGACAUUUUAGUUAAUAAUUAUAAAAUUAUAUUUUUGGUGGACACUGGGGGCCGUGGUCUCAGUGUUGAAAAUGUAUGCCCUAUCUGUUCUCCCCUCAAAGAAAACAAUACACACGGUUGGAGCAUCUGGAAUUCCCUGUGAAUAAAGUUUGACCUUUCCCCAGGAUUGUAUUUAUAGGAUAAAAGAUGGAGGUGAGUGAAGUUGUGGUCUGGACUGAUGAAACUUGUGUCCUCUCUGUUGGAGGCUGUUCAACUCCCCUCGUCAAUCUCGGUGAUGAAGUGUCAGGCCCAUACUCCCUCUAUGGAUAACAUUUCUCUGGGGAAUGGCAAGGCUGACUGUGCUGCUAAAUUGUCUGCUUCUUCUUCUGUUUCCCCCUUCCUACAGAUGGCAGCAGUUCCAGCUCCCACCAACCCUUUCUCUGUUAAUGAUAUCAUUGCUUUACAGGCCAUGGCUGAUGCUUUCAGAAACUCAAGUGGGCGGGGUGCUGUCAUAAGGACACCUUGUGUGUAUGGCUUGAUGUGUGGAGCAGACCUGCCAUGCCCCAUUGUACAAUCCAGUUCCUCGCAAAAUUGUCACAUGGUCAAGACCAUGUGUCAAAAGGAGGGAUGGUGGAUCUUGUAAAUAAAUAUUGGGGUACAUUAGGUUUUACUGUGUUUGCAGGAAAUUUCAGUAAGACAUGCUUUAUUUGUAUGACUAACAAUGUUGGACGUGGCAUUUCAGUAUCUCCCGCAUCCCAUCCAAGGCAUGAAGGACCUUUUGAGCAGUUAAUGAUGGAGUUCAUUGAGUUGACCCCUUGUGAGGGGAAUAAGUAUUGUUUGGUGACUGUUGACAUGUUUUCUAAAUGGAUUGAAACGUUCCCUUGCAGGAGAGCCACAGCGAGAGAGAGAUCAUACCUAGGUGGGGACUGCCAUCAAAAAUGUAUUCUUACAAUGGUCGACAGUUUGUGAAUGAGAUUGUUCAGUCCCUGUCAGAGGCUUUGCAGAUUGAUUUGAGAACACAUUGUGCCUAUCAUCCCCAAUCUGGGGGUGCAGUCGAAAGGACGAACCAAUCUUUGAAAACUAAAUUAACCAAAUGAAUUGGUGAAACAUUUUCACUGAUGACGAUGAGAGGCAGAUCCCCUACAGUCACUGGUCUCUCUCCACAUGAGGUGCUGACUGGCCGUCCCAUGCGGAUGACAAAUACACCUUUUUCCCAGAACAGGUUGUCCCUGCAAGAAAUGGAGGAAGGCGUGGUUGAGUGUUGUGUCACCCUUAACAGUGUUCUUAAGACUUUUUUCCCCCGGUUGAAGGCGUCUUUGCUAAAUUUAGCAGAUGGAGCUGAACACUGUUUGAACCCAGGUGAUUUCAUGGUGGUGAAAGACUUCAGGAGAAAUAGUUGGAAGGACCCCUGUGUAGAGGCCCGUACCAAGUUCUUCUGACCACACCCCACUGCGGUGAAGGUUGCUGAGAGAGAUACCUGGACCCACCUGUCGCACUGCAGACGAGUUCCUGAUCCAGAAGAAGAUGGGGCCUGGCCAGUUCCGGUGGUGCAGUGUGGCCCUCCUCUGUAUUAGCACAGUAGUGCUAAUAAGAACAGUAGGUUGUCCUCUUGUUGGAGAUCUGACAGAGGAUGAGAAGAGUACCGAGCCAAAGGGGCCAACGCAGUCCCAGAGUAGUGGCCCAGAAGUAGAUGGUAAUGACAGAAGGAGUCCUGAGCCAAAGGGGCCAACGCAGGCCUGGAGUAGUGGCCCAGAAGUAGAUGGUACUGACAGAAGGUGUCCUGAGCCAAAGGAACCAACGCAGUCCCAGAGUAGUGGCCCAGAAGUAGAUGGUAAUGACAGAAGGUGUCCUGCGCCAAAGGAACCAACACAGGCCUGGAGUAGUGGCCCAGAAGUAGAUGGUCAUUGUAGAAGGAGAACCCUGCUGGGCCCUCACAACCAUAAGGACAAUUUGUUCUUUUCUAGAGCAGAAAUGGUUGCCGACCUGACAUCAAAAGAAAAGGACUGUUGGGUGUGUGGGAUGGGUCCGGUUAAGGUAGGGGCAGGCUUGCCCCUUACAGGAGUCCCAAUAGGGAUGAACUUUACUAUAGCAUUGGCAGGAAAAAUUCCUUUUUAUACUAUGACCAGCAAUGUUAAGGUAUAUAAUCAACCCAAUGUAUCCUAUUACCUGAGGCCUGGUAAUGUCUCACUCCCGCCCAUUUCAGUGGCUGGGGUGAUGACUGCCCCUUGGUGUAUUAGAGGAUAUGGAGAUCACGAUUUGGGUGAAUUGAAAUGUAAUUGUACUAUGAAUCUUAAUGGAUCAAAUGCUUGCAAUUUAACAGUGAUACAGGAGAAUGGUCAGGCCGAUAAGGAACCGUUUAAAAUGUGGGUUGACAAACAUAGCACAACUCUGAAAGGAGCCCCGAAUGGCACCUAUUGGCUAUGUGGUAAGAUGGCUUACUAUAGCCUUCCAUCGAACUGGGGAGGUACUUGUACUAUUGGGUUUUUGGUGACCGCUAUGAGAACCGUUCCAGAUAACGAAAAGGAUCUGAAGGCUCUGUUUAGAGACUACAAACUUCCUGGAAUGAGGAGAGAUAAGAGGCCUCUAGCUGACGUCACUCACACUCAGGCACCAGCCUCCAGGUUCUUUGGGGUGUUUUUCUCUGGGUAUGGAGUUGCAUGUGCCCUAGACCAAAUGCGUGACAUCUCUAGACACAUAGAGAAAUUUGGCAAUGCUACUAGAAAUGCCCUGGAACAAUUGAAUGGGGAACUAAAAGAAGUGCUUAAGUUAGCUCUGCAAAACAGAGAGGCUCUUGACUAUAUUCUGGCAGGUCAAGGGGGCACUUGUGCAGUCAUUGAUGAUGAAUGUUGUACUUUUGUACUCCCAGAUCACUCUUCUAAUGUGACUGAUCUUCCAGAAAACAUUGCCACUGUUGCUGAGAAUAAUUCCCCAAAACCAGAGUGGAUGCUUGCAACUUGGUUGGAAUCCCUGUUUGGAAGUUGGGGAUCCCAAAUUGCCCAAUGGGCUGCAGCAUGCAUUUUUUUGCUUAGUUUGCUAUGUUGUGUUAUGACCCCUUCCUUAAGACCAUCUGGCAGAAUGCCCAGAAUAUGUUCUAUAAGUUAAGAUAGGAGAUGGUGCCAGUCACAUGCAGGAACCAAUCGUAUGAAUCAUGUUUAUGUAGGUUUUUGUGUAGCCGUAUAAGGCAUUAUGAAAGGACCAUCACUUCAGACCGGCACUUUAUGCAUCUAAGUUUGACUGUGACCUCUCCAGCUUGCUGACAAUAAAGAAUGAUUCAUUUACGAUUGA